ACUUUAUUACGUUUUCGCUGGCUUUUGAAACUUUUAGUACGAAUUUUGUCGUCACCGGGGUUAUCACGCGCUGCUUUCGGCUUUCCGGCGUCUUCUCGGACCGUUCGCAUGCUACGAGAGAAGCGAAGCGCUAAAGACAAAAUAAGAUUUUUGUGCAAAAAGUAAACCGAUACAACUAAAAUAGUGAGUGAACAGUUGGUAUCUUCACCUUCCAGUAUUCAAAUAAACAAAAUGCGGCGAAAUCAUCAGUUUUGGAUGAAAACGGAACCAUCCGCCCUGGUUCUGCUGGUGGUAGCAGUAAGCGUUUCAGCGAUAAGGGUAGAUUGGAACACUAACACUGGACCAAUAGUUCCCCCAACCAGUACACCAGCCCCUGUUCCACAGCCACCAUUCCGUGACCCUGCUCCAGUAUGGGAAGAUCAAUCCGACGACAUCCCGAAUCCUAACCCUUACAGGUAUAUUCUACCACCUCCAUCGCGUCCCAAGUACAACGACAUCACCCUGGAGCAGCGCAAACGAUCGCAAGAGCAACAUCAUCAGCAGCCCCAAAAUGGUGCUCAACCUACCCCACAAGCGAAUCCAACGCAAACCUCUUCAACUGCCGCCCCGACGGGACAGAUCAUUGAUAAGCCACAAUCCAACCAGCAACCAGCUUCCGGAGUUAGUGGUGCACCACCGGCACAGCAUUCAACAGUGCACAGUCAGCCAGCUCAACAGCAGCAGCAGCAGCAACAACAACAGCACAUCGUGCCAAGUCUGGCGGUGCAGUACGUGCCAAACAAAGGUCUCAAGUAUUACGCCGUCGUACCGAAACAUACGGAAGUGUCGUACGGAUCUGCCAAGCAGGCCCUACUAGCCACCAACGAUCUCUACCACCAGCAGCAGGCACAGAGCAAGCACGAUAAGUACGAUAAGCUCAACGGAAAGUACAAUCCCAAGCUGAAGAAGUACAAGGCCUACGAGAAGGUUAAAUACAUGCCGUACAUUGUGUAUUAUGAUGCUACCAAGCAGCAGUUUUACUACACUAGCGUUCCUUCAAAUAUGGUCAUAAAUAAUAGUUUGUAAUCUAAAGAGCAGGAGGAAAAGUGUUGGAAAAGUAAAAGUUUACGAAGAAAAAAGACCAUCGUUAGAGAAAAUGAUCCCGUAUCAUGCCAACCAUAUAAAAAUCUUUUCAACACAAAAAAUAAUUUUCUCAAAACAACUGGACUGAAACAUGAAGUCAGCCUCAGGUUGAGUGUUUUUGUUUUGUUACCGAAAUUUUACCAUAUUUACCAGAUGUAUGUGCAUGACGAUUGAUGGUUCGCUUUAACCGGUGGGAAUGUCUAAGCGUAAAAUUAAAAGAAAUAAAAAAAACACGAUAGUUGGACACAACAUGCCAUGUCAAACAUUUCCAUUGAGACAGACAGAGAAGGAAGUCGCAUAGCACAACACAGUACACAGAUGCACAAAGUGAAGCACGCAUUUCAUAUGUUUAGAUGUAGACAAAAGGAUAAAAGUAUGAUAAAACAGGUAAAAGCAUUUGAAGAACUUCUAAUAUAAAGAAAAUGAUGAAAAAUUUAAACACACCGAAGGUACAUUAACGGAAAAUAAAUGACGAAAGCGAAAGAUAGCAACAAAAUGUAAAUAAUGAAGAAGAUAAAAUAAAAACAAAAAAAUUUUUAAAAUUGUAAA